AAAUGGAAGGAGUUAAUAUUUAGCUUUGCUUGGUAUUUAUUUUAGCAAGCAGACUACUGAAUUUAGUUUCAUUUUGGUUCUUUGCAAAUCAGCAGUCAUGUUUCCUGUCCUGUUUAGCUUAUGCGUAGUUGGAAUAACCCAUGUUGCUCUCGCAGGUCAAGUUUGCCCUAGACCUCCUGAAGUGCCCCUGGCUACCAUCAACAUGAAUAAAGAAGGAUACAGUCCUGGAGAAGAAAUUACAUAUACCUGUAACCCAGGUUAUAUUCCCCAGUCAGGCUCAUGGAGAUACACAUGUCCUUUGUCUGGUAUAUGGCCUAUCAUUACAUUCAAAUGUAUGCCAAAGAAAUGCCCCUAUCCAGGACCUUUGACCUAUGGACAGAUACACCUCACUGACCUCAACUACCUGAGUGUUACAACAUUUUCAUGUGAUACUGGAUUUGUUCUUAAUGGACCAACAAGCAGCCAAUGCCUGGCAGAUGGGAGUUGGAGUGCAAGGCUACCCGAAUGCCAAGUGGUGAUUUGUCCUCCACCUCCAGUUUCUGAAUUUGGAGCUCUCUCUUACCAUAAAAAUAAGCCCGGAAAUACAUUUGUUUUCCAAGAUAUAAUCAGAUUUGAAUGUCUGCUACCUUUUGCACUGUUUGGAAGUGAAACAGCUGUCUGUCAGGCUAAUGGGAGAUGGAGUGCGUUACCUGAAUGCCGAUCCGUAGAGUGUCCCCCUCCAGAAGAAAUAGAACAUGGAUUCAUAAACUUUGCUCUUCGCAAUACUUUUCGUUAUCAAGAUACCGUGAGCUAUGGUUGUAAUUAUCCUUAUAUUAUGGAUGGAGCUUCAGAAUCAAGGUGUGAGAAAACAGGGAGGUGGUCAAAUAAACCAACUUGCAAAGCACCAUGUAAAAUACCAGUUAAAAGAGCGACAGUGUUAUACAAUGGGCAGAAAGUAAAAGUGCAAGAUCAUCUUACGAAUGGAAUAAAACAUGCUGAGACAAUCUGGUUUUUCUGUGAAAGAAAGACAGGGAAGUGCAGUUAUAAAACACCUGCUCAGUGCAUAGAUGGCCGUAUUUCAGUCCCUAGCUGUUUCCAAGAACGUAGCUGGUUAUCUUCCUUCGUGAAAACAGAUCCAGCAGACAUGUCUCCAUGUAGGAACUGAAGAUAUCAUCUCCUUGUCUUCCAUGUUGUAUUGAAAAAGAAGUGCUUGUGAAUAGACAGUUCAAUUUCCUUCAAGGUCACAGUGAUUUGAAAUGCAAACAUAUACCUCUAAGGCGAUUCAGUCAGGUUUCAGGCCCGGGUAGGGGACAGAAACUGCAUUGGCCGCACUUAUGGAUGAUCUCUGGCGGGAGCGGGAUGGAGGCAGUGCAUCAAUCCUUGUUCUCCUUGACCUCUCAGCGGCCUUCAAUACCAUCAACCAUGGUAUCCUUUUGGGUCGGCUCAGGGAGUUGGGGGUGGGUGGUGUAGUCUUAUGCUGGUUCACCUCCUUCCUCCAGGGCCGGUCCCAGUCGGUGUUAAUAGGAGAGAAGAGAUCGGGCUCACAGCCCCUCCUUUGUGGGGUGCCGCAGGGUUCUGUUCUCUCUCCUCUCCUAUUCAACAUCUACAUGAAACCACUGGGUGAGAUCAACGGGAUGAGGUAUCAUCAAUAUGCUGAUGAUAGUUAUAUAUCUCCAUCCUGGGUGAGGUAAGUGAUGCGGUAGCUGCCCUCUCCAGGUGCCUGGGGGCUGUGGGGGCCUGGAUGGGGAACAACAGGCUUCAGCUGAACCCUGGUAAGAUGGAGUGCCUGUGGGUUAAUGGCCCCUCUGCUCCAAGGAAGUUGCCAUCUUUAGUCUUGGAUGGGGUGGCACUGCCCCAGACAGACCCAGUGCGUAACUUGGGGGUCCUUUUGGACUCACGACUCCUGCUCGAAGAGCAGGUGGCAGUCGUGGCCAGAAGGGCCUUUGCACAACUUUGUGUUGUGCGCCAGUUACGCCCCUUCCUGGAGCGAGAGGCCCUUCGGUCACUCAUGCCCUGGUCAUCUCCCAUAUAGAGUA